AUGAAGCAGGAUGUUGGCAUGCUUUCUACAUCCUGGUUCGGUGGCCACGACCCUGACUUUUGGAACACUGGAAGCACACUCCCGGAUGGAUCGGAAGAGCAUCCCGUAGACACGUUCUGGGCAGAGAGGUUCCUCAAAUACGAAGACGAUCCAACAGGUGGUCCAGUUCGCAACACCAACGUCAAGCCUUCAACGAGGCCUUCCAAGCGCACAGCAGAUGACGACCGCAAAGCAAGUGUUUUUACAGAAGGGACACAAGGAUAUUUCUACCCCUAUGGUGGCGGCACAAAGAUGUGUCCAGGUCGCUUCUUCGCGAAGCAAAAGCUCAUGGCAGGUGUUGCAUUGUCUCUGCGAGCUUACGAAAUCGAACUCGUUGAUCCUGAAGCAGCGGCCAAAGUUGGACCAAACAUGGAUUAUUUCCCUUUUGGUACGAUCCCUCCGAAAGGCAAGGUCCCAGCUCGGAUCAGAAGACGAAAACUCUGA